ACAUCGUGCGUUCGUCAUAUUGUUGGUUGGAAUACGUUGAGCAGACGAACAAUUUCUGAGCCUUUGUUUCAGUUCACAGUUGAAUUCGAUUCGCUGAACUGUAGAGACGCAUUCACCCAUUCGCCGUAAACAUUUUUUGAAAUUAUUCAUUUUUUUUUGUCUGCAAGUGAAUUAGCCAAGUGGAGCCGAGCUAUCAAUUUAAUUAGCUAGUUUUGAAAGAGGAAUUUCUUUGGAACAUUUAGAAAGAGAAAUAUGUCGUCUCCAAAAUUAGAAGAUUUGCCAAAAGUAGCAGUCGAUCUUAAGAGCCAAUUGGAAGGUUUUACCCCAGAUAAGCUCAAGGAUACAGUUACCCAGGAAAAGAUAAUUCUUCCAACGGCCGAAGAUGUGGCCACCGAAAAGUCACAACAAAAUCUGAUUCACGGUAUUGAAGGAUUCGAUGCAACGAAAUUAAAGCACGCACAAACUCAGGAGAAGAACCCAUUGCCCGAUAAGGAUGCCAUCGAGCAAGAAAAGGAGCAGCAAAACUUCAUAAAUGGCAUUGAAAACUUUGAUUCAUCGAAACUCAAGCAUACUGAGACCUUGGAAAAGAAUCCAUUGCCAACCAAAGAGAUCAUCGAAGAGGAGAAGCAUGCUGCUUAAAAAGAUUCUGAAUUGCGUUGCAUUUCUUCAUAUAAAUAUACAUUACUUAUCGCAAAGAAAAUGAUUUCAUAAGGAAUACUUUUAAUUCUUAAUCGAAAAUUCCGCCCGGUGACAUAAAACAAAUACAACACAUAUGGUUGCGAAAUAGAUUCCAUUCUUUUAAAAUAUUUUGUGAUGAAAAAAUUGAUCAAAUUCAGGUGAAAAAUAUGAAUGUAUGUGAUAGGUUUUGUUUUAAAAAAAAAAUGUCUCUUCAAGCAAAUAAUCAUCAUACAAGCAAUUUCUUCUUUCUUUUUAUUCAAAGGAAAAGAUUUCAUUUCUUAUAACAAAAAAAAAUCGAUUUCAUAAUAAAAUAAAAUGUAACAUCAAAACGUAAUUUGUGGAAUAUCAGCUGAAUUUUCAUUAAGUCGAGAUGAAACAAAGGAGCAAAGAGAUGCUGGACGAGGCUUGACCAUGGUUAUUAUAUUAAACAAUCAAAAAUUUAAAUAACACACCAACAUUCCUAUCGAAAAGGUUUUUCCCAUCAAACUUUCAGCGGCAAAAAUGAUAAAUUGAUAAUUACUCUUUGUGUUAUCAUCUCUUUCUUAUACGUAUUUAAUGAACAGAAUAUCCAUUGAACGAAAAGUAACGAUAAUAAUAAUUUACACACAUAUAUUGAACAUUGUUCAUUGAAUAAACAUAUUUCAGAAUAAAUGGAAUGGUUUAAAAAAUGCCAAAUCUAAUACAAUACGAAUUUCAUAAUUUUAUAUAAAUAAAAUCGGCUUUUUCGGAAAUGAAUGAAA